GAUAUAAAAGGCUUCCUAACGGGUUUUUUGACGAAUUUAUCGUUUGGCAAGCCUCUUCACCGGUCGCGCCGAACGACGACUGACUUAAGUUAACUUAUUUGUACUUUGUACCUUAAUUUUUAUAAAACUCCAAUCAAAAUGCGUGAGUGCAUCUCCGUACACGUUGGCCAGGCUGGAGUCCAGAUUGGAAAUGCCUGCUGGGAACUGUACUGCCUUGAGCAUGGCAUCCAGCCUGACGGCCAGAUGCCAACUGACAAGACCAUUGGUGGCAGUGAUGAUUCUUUCAACACUUUCUUCAGCGAGACCGGAGCUGGCAAGCAUGUGCCCCGUGCCGUGUUUGUGGACUUGGAACCUACAGUAGUAGAUGAGGUCCGCACCGGCACAUACAGACAGUUGUUUCAUCCAGAACAACUUAUCACUGGUAAGGAAGAUGCGGCCAACAACUAUGCCCGUGGCCACUACACCAUUGGAAAGGAAAUCGUAGACUUGGUUCUGGACCGCAUUCGCAAGCUUGCUGACCAGUGCACAGGCCUCCAGGGCUUCCUCAUCUUCCACUCCUUCGGCGGCGGCACUGGGUCCGGUUUCACUUCCCUCUUGAUGGAACGUCUCUCUGUUGACUAUGGCAAGAAGUCCAAGCUCGAAUUCGCCAUUUACCCCGCCCCUCAGGUGUCCACAGCUGUUGUCGAACCCUACAACUCCAUUCUGACCACCCACACCACUUUGGAGCACUCAGACUGCGCUUUCAUGGUCGACAACGAAGCCAUCUACGAUAUCUGCCGCCGUAACUUGGACAUCGAACGCCCCACCUACACCAACCUCAACCGUCUGAUUGGUCAGAUCGUGUCCUCCAUCACGGCCUCUCUGCGUUUCGACGGCGCCCUCAACGUCGACCUUACCGAGUUCCAGACUAACUUGGUGCCUUACCCACGUAUCCACUUCCCCCUGGUGACUUACGCACCCGUCAUCUCCGCCGAGAAGGCGUACCACGAGCAGCUGUCAGUAGCGGAGAUCACGAACGCAUGCUUCGAGCCCGCGAACCAGAUGGUGAAGUGUGACCCUCGCCACGGCAAGUACAUGGCCUGCUGCAUGCUGUACCGUGGUGACGUCGUUCCCAAGGACGUCAACGCCGCUAUCGCUACCAUCAAGACCAAGCGCACCAUCCAGUUCGUGGACUGGUGUCCUACUGGUUUCAAGGUCGGCAUCAACUACCAGCCGCCCACCGUCGUGCCUGGUGGUGACUUGGCGAAGGUGCAGCGUGCCGUAUGCAUGUUGUCCAACACCACUGCCAUCGCCGAGGCUUGGGCUCGUCUCGACCACAAGUUCGACCUGAUGUACGCCAAGCGUGCCUUCGUGCACUGGUACGUCGGUGAGGGUAUGGAGGAGGGAGAGUUCUCCGAGGCCCGCGAGGACUUGGCGGCCCUCGAGAAGGACUACGAAGAGGUCGGCAUGGACUCCGCCGAGGGUGAAGGCGAAG